AUGCUGGAUCCACUCCCACGCCGUCGGCCCUUACAUAGGAGAAUUCGAGUCUUCGUCUCCAUUUUCCAACAUGAAGACUAUCUUUCUGGUUGUUUUUGUCCUGGGCGCCGCACUCGCCGUGUGCGAGAGCAAGAAGUGCCGCAAGCAGGAAGACUGCGCAUCGGACGAAUGCUGUUCCCAGUUGUUGCGCAUCGCCGACCCCACAUGCACGAAGCUCAAGCAGAAAGGCGACCCUUGUUUGACGGAGGUGACUCAGGAAGAUGGAAAAUACCUGUUCUCCUGCCCCUGCGCUGAAGGACUCAAGUGCCGACCGGAGAAAGAAACCGACCACAAUGGAGUGGUCAACUUCCUCAACGACCGCUGCGGCAAUUAAAGAAGAACAUUUUUGUGAUGAAAAUGGAUGAAAGAAGAACAGUUUUGUGAUGAAAUAAAAUUACUUUUUUUCUCC